GUACAUCAGCUUGAGAUGCAGCAGCUUUCACAGGGAUACAGGACCAGCAUAAGAAACUGUAGUAGGAAAUAUACAGUAAUGGAGAUGUGAGCGCCCCCUGUGGAGGAAGAGCGCCAGUACAUCAGCUUGAGAUGCAGCAGCUUUCACAGGGAUACAGGACCAGCAUAAGAAACUGUAGUAGGAAAUAUACAGUAAUGGAGAUGUGAGCGCCCCCUGUGGAGGAAGAGCGCCAGUACAUCAGCUUGAGAUGCAGCAGCUUUCACAGGGAUACAGGACCAGCAUAAGAAACUGUAGUAGGAAAUAUACAGUAAUGGAGAUGUGAGCGCCCCCUGUGGAGGAAGAGCGCCAGUACAUCAGCUUGAGAUGCAGCAGCUUUCACAGAGAUACAGCACCAGCAUCCACUGACGAUCUGCGGGGCCUGCGUUAUUGAUGGUUAUUGAGAAACAGAGGGACUACAGAUGUAGCCGAAGGAGCAUUGCACUGCCCCCGCUGGUGUUCAUACCCCACACUGCAUGGCUUCACCUGCUAGUGUUUCACAUCGUGUCUCCAUAGCCCAAUCCUGCACACCCUCAUGCUGAGGUUGCAGGCAUCUGACAGAUUGACCAAUGACUGCCUGGAUUGUUCUGCCUGUCAGCUUGUCUGCCUUCUCCAUCACGGGCAUAUGGAUCGUUUAUGCCAUGGCAGUAAUUAACCAUCAUGUAUGUCCUGUUGAGAACUGGUCAUACAACUUAACAUGUACAGAGGUAACGGCUAAGAGGGGCUUCCCAAAGACCUGCUGCACUCUUCAAGACAUCCCCCUCAUCAGUAAAUGUGGUUGCUAUCCACCAGAGAGCUGUCUCUUCAGUUUGAUAGGCAAUGUUGGGGCUUUUAUGGUGGUUAUGGUGUGCAUGCUGCGCUAUUCUCAAGUGAUUGAACACAGUCAUCACUGCUGGACCAAUACGAGCGCUUUGGUGUCUGGCUGCAUUAACGCCCUGGGUCUGGUCAUGGUGGGCAACUUUCAGGUCGAUCACGCUAAAACGCUUCAUUAUGUUGGAGCUGGUGUUGCGUUCCCUGCCGGCUUGCUCUUUGUGUGUCUGCAGUGCGUUCUGACGUAUCGUAUAGCGGAGACGGCGCUGGACUACUGGAUGGCUCAUGUGCGUAUAGCUCUCUCAGCUGGAACUCUGGUCUCGCUUGUCCUCAGUGGCAUCUUCUUCAUCCACGAGAGCUUUAUGUUGCAGCACGCCGCAGCCAUUUGUGAAUGGGUCUUCACAGUGCUGGUUCUGGUCUACUACGGCACCUUCACUUAUGAGUUCGGCACGGUCAACACUGACACCAUGAUGGCAGCCUUAAUGAAGCGCAGUCAACAUCACCAUCCGGGCUCAGGGGUCAUCAUGGGAGGCAUCAACAAAGGUGUUGUGAUGGGAUGUGGUGCCCGCAGCCUUAAGUCUCCCCGGGGCAGUAGCACCUCCACACACCUCAACUGUACACCAGAGAGCAUCGCCAUGCUUUAGAGCUUAACUGAUACACCAUUCUCUCAGACCUUUCAGUGUAUAGUCUCAGAUAUAAAUCCUUUUCACAUUCACAUCACGGAUUUGUGAACAACCGGCACAAGCAAUAUAUAUUUAUUUUUUUUACCCAAUUUGGAAUGCGCAAUUCCCAAUGUGCUCUAAGUCCUCAUGGUGGCAUAGUGACUCGCCUCAAUCCAGGUGGCGGAGGACGAAUCUCAGUUGCCUCCGCGUCUGAGACCGUCAAUCCGCGCAUCUUAUCACGUGGCUUGUUGAGCAAAUUACCAUGGAGACAUAGCGCAUGUGGAGGCUUCACACUAUUCUCCGCAGCAUCCAUGCACAACUCACCACGCGCCCCUCUGAGAGCGAACCACAUUAUGGCGACCACGAGGAGGUUACUCCAUGUGACUCUACCCUCCCUAGCAACCGGGCCAAUUUGGUUGCUUAGGAGACCUGGCUGGAGGCACUCAGCACGCCCUGGAUUCGAACUUGCAACUCCAGAGGUGGUAGUCAGCGUCUUUACUCGCUGAGCUACCCAGGCCCCCCGGUACAAGCAAUAUUGAAUUACUUUGCAAAGUUACAGCAAGUUUGCAGAUUUGUUGAUUAUAAUCUAAAAGUAAUGGCCAGUCAGUCAUAGCUAAUAUAUUUUGCGUGAUAUUUUGCAUUCAUUUUUAAGACAACUUGGAGCAACGCAGCCCCAGUAACCAGCGCAAAUGAACCCUUCUCAUGAUUCAUUGGGCCUCUGAUAAAAGUGUAUUCAUUUACUGUGUAAAACUGCAAUAACUUGUAUCUAAAGGUGAGUUCACACUGACAGCGAUUGAAGGAAUAGAAAGGAUUCAAGUAAUAGAAAUGUUCAUGUGAGCCACUGUAAGUGAGCUUCUCUCAUGCACAACGGAUGUCAAGUUUUUUGCUGAAAUAUGACUUGAAUUGCUUGUUGUUUCUCACAAACCCGGAAGCCUUGGAAUAUGAUGCAUGAGUUGCAUGGAUUACUUUUAUGAUAUUUUUAGGUUAUUUUUUAAGCUUUAUACCAAUAGU